GUAAUUGAAAAAGGGAAGGUUGCGCUUUUAUGCAAGCGACCUCUUCAACGCUAUCUCGCAUCAAGUUCGCUUUUCCAUCUAGGAUCAUCAACACUUACUGACUGUGUGCCAUUCUGAGCGGCAAGUGACCAGUUCUCCAGCUCACGCAAACCUUACACCAUGGCCUCUACCACGACAAAUAAUGCGAUCGAAGUUGCCACGAACACCAUCCCGAACUCGACUGCAAACGCCGCUCGCCUUGAGAAAGUUCUCCCUCAUCGUCCCGAGAAGCACGAACUAGUUGAUCGGAACAUCCUUAAAGACUCGAACGUCGCUCCUGCCCUCCAAGCACGUGAAGCCGAACUUAAGAGGGCCCAAAUUGGGGACGUCAUCGAACGAAAUAUCCAACAGCGAAAACGAACCAUCGACGGGUACACAUACAUUCCGCCGCUUCCAAAACCUGAUGAGUCUCCUAUUGACGCCGACGAAUCACGUCAUAAGCUCGAGAAGUCAUUGAAGCAACGUCCUGAAAAGGAUGAAUUGGUCGAGAAGAACAUAUUGAAAAAUUCGAACGCAGCGCCUGCACUUCAAGCGGCUCAAGCGGAGCUUCAGCGAUCUCAGCUCGAGGACAAGUUGGAGCAUGCUCUCCAGCAGCGCCCUGAGCCUGCCGAGCUUGUAAGAGGUCACAUACUCCAAGAGGAUGAGGCUCCGCCAGUUUAAUAAGAUAGGCCCACAUAUGGAUCAAAGUGAUGAAUGUAUCCUCUACGAUGGAAGUACGCAAGCAAAUGUGUAUACUAGCGGUGAUUGAUGUAUGAUAGUUGUCGAUGAUACACCCAACUCGACACCAAAUAUUGCGCAGGUAUAAAAUGGUUUCCUGAGCUUUUCCGUAGUGAAGGCUUCUACUUGUCGCGUUUAACACCAGCCUUGACUCUUUCCUAAGGUGGCAAGUAUAGUCGCAAUUAGCCAAG